AGGAAAAACAAAGAAUAUAUUAGCAGCCCAUAUUCCUCCACCACCACCACCUCUUCCAAUAUACACUGAAGAACUCAAUCCAAACCCCAAUUUCCCUCUCUUUAUCUCUCAUCAUCUCAUGACCAUUUGAAUUCUUCAUUCCUUCUCCUUCAAUGGCGAAAACCCUAAUUUCGUCAUCUCCGUUCAUCGGAACUCUCUCUCCGUUGAAAUCCUAUCGUCAUGGUCUUUACUCUCUUCCUCAUCGAAGCAAGAUUAUCAGCACCACUGUGAAGUUCAGCUUCCAGGAUAUUCCUCCUAUUUCUUCAAUCGAUAGUUCGAUUGAUUUGAGCGCAGUUUAUACAAAAGCUGAAAGUCUUCUUUUUACUCUUGCCGAUGCUGCCGUUUCGGCUUCUCCCGACGCCGCUACUGGAGCUCCGGUUCAGAAAGCUGGUGGCUGGUUCGGGUUUAUUUCCGACGCUAUGGAAGUCGUCUUGAAGGUUCUGAAGGAUGGGAUUUCAGCGGUGCACAUUCCUUAUUCAUAUGGAUUUGCAAUCAUAUUACUCACAGUCCUCGUCAAAGUUGCAACUUUUCCUUUGACAAAGCAACAGGUUGAAUCAACAUUGGCAAUGCAAAAUCUUCAACCAAAGAUAAAAGCCAUUCAAGAAAGAUACAAAGGAAAUCAGGAAAGAAUACAACUUGAGACAUCACGUCUUUACAAGCAAGCUGGGGUUAAUCCAUUGGCGGGGUGCUUACCAACGUUGGCAACAAUACCUGUCUGGAUAGGAUUGUAUCAAGCUCUUUCGAAUGUAGCUAAUGAGGGAUUGCUGACAGAAGGAUUUUUUUGGAUUCCCUCCUUGGGUGGACCAACUACAAUUGCUGCACGCCAAAGUGGUGCCGGCAUCUCCUGGCUCUUUCCUUUAGUGGAUGGUCACCCUCCUCUGGGUUGGGGUGAAACUGCAGCCUAUCUUGUUUUGCCUGUCCUGCUAGUUGUCUCGCAAUUUGUUUCAAUGGAGCUUAUGAAGCCUCCUCAAACUGACCCAUCUCAGAAGAACUCACUUAUCAUUCUCAAGUUCCUUCCUCUCAUGAUUGGCUACUUUUCAUUGUCCGUUCCGUCUGGAUUAUCCAUCUACUGGUUUACAAAUAAUGUCCUUAGUACUGCACAGCAGGUAUGGCUACGCCAGGGCGGUGCAAAGCCUAUUGUGAAUGCAAAUGGCAGCGGAAUUAUUAGUGCUGGAAAGGCAAAACGACCUCCAUCCCAACCUGCUCAAAUUGAAGACAGAUCCAGACAAUUCAAAGGAGAAGCGAGAGGGCAGCAAAUGAGCAAAGCACUGCCAGAUGAUCAGGCAUUUGUAUCUAAUUCUGAAACGGGGUUAGAUGAUGAAUCCAAAGAAACGGAUGAAUUAGAAGAGGCAUAUGCAUCAACUGACAGCAAGCAGAUUCCCAAAUAUUCCACUCCAAAGAAGAGUAAGCGAUCUAAGCGGAAGCGUGUGGGUUAACCAGAUUAGUUGUAUGUAGUUUCUAUUUAGUUCUGUAUAUUUAAUGAAAUCAUACCCUAGUCAGUGUCAUAGCGGCCAUUUAUUGGCUUAUUUGUUUCUACCUCUUAUCUUUCAUAGCCCUUUCCAUGUAACAUGGGCUGACCACAUUUUUGUAAACUUGAAAUAUUACAGUAUCAAACUAGAAUUAUAUAACCACAUUCCUCUUA